GAAGGGCAGCUGGAGCUGGAGCUGGAGGUGUUUACAAAGAAACGGUGUCAAGUCGAAUCAAGGUGAACUGCGGAUCGUGCUGUUGGACAAUGCUCCUCACUUGCACGUCUCCGCUGCUGAGGGGACUUCUGUCGGUCUGAAUAAAAAGGACAAUCCACCAUGACGGGUGACGCGGUGGUCUGGAGGGGUCUGACCUGGAUGAAGCAGGCGGCCGGCAGGGCCCCACCGCCGGGCGGCCUGCCCGCCACUGGGAACCACAGGCUGCAUGGAAACUUCCAUCACGCCGCCGCCGCCGCCGGAUCAGCAAGGGAGACGUUCAGCAAACUGCCGGACGUCUGCGUCCACAGGACGACCGCAGCGCUUCACAGAUAUUCCACCGUGGCAGCGUGUCUCUGCAACCGCCUCCCGGGAAGUGCAGGCGGCGGACGGGGGUCGUGCGGCGGUGGACCCAGACAUCUGAAGCACCACAGGGACUGGUCGAGUCGUCUGUUCUCUGGACACACGCGGUUAUUCAACCAGGACAACUCCACGGUGGGCCGGCUGACACCGGAGGACGUUGACAAAGCACGAAACGCCAAGAGGGCAGACAACAAGCAACACCAGCAAGUGCUCAGCGACAGAGCCAGAGAGAGGAAGGUGCCGGUCACGCGGUUGGGACGGCUGGUGAAUUUCGGGGGUCUGGCCGUUGGACUUGGCAUCGGGGCGAUCGCCGAAGUGGCGAGGAAGAGUUUGAAACCCCAACAACAAGGCGAUAAGAAAUCCAUUCUGAAUUCAAGCGCCUUCCUCUCCGAAGCCAACGCCGAGAGAAUCGUCCGGACGCUCUGCAAAGUCCGAGGUGCUGCCCUGAAACUCGGACAGAUGCUCAGUAUUCAAGACGACGCCGUCAUCAACCCUCAGUUGGCCAAAAUCUUCGAGCGCGUGCGACAGAGUGCCGACUUCAUGCCCACCAAACAGAUGAUGAGAGCCGUCGGCGGCGACCUCGGCCCGGACUGGAGAGACAAACUCGAGUACUUUGAGGAGAAGCCGUUCGCCGCCGCGUCCAUCGGUCAGGUGCACCUGGCGCGGCUGAAGGGCGGCAGAGAGGUGGCCAUGAAGAUCCAGUAUCCCGGAGUUGCCAAGAGUAUCGACAGCGACGUGAACAAUAUCAUGACCGUUCUGAGCUUGAGCAACGCGCUGCCCGAAGGCCUGUUUCCUGAGCACCUCAUCGAGGUCAUGAGCCGCGAGCUGGCCCUGGAGUGCGAUUACAUCAGGGAGGCCAAAUGUGCCAAAAGAUUCCAGGAGCUGCUGGAAGGUCACCCCUUCUUCUACGUGCCCGACGUGGUGGACGAGCUGAGCAGCCAGCACGUCCUCACCACGACGCUGGUGCCUGGCUUCCCCCUGGACCGGGCCAGCGGCCUCUCGCAGGAGCUCAGGAACGAGAUUUGUGAGCAAAUCUUGAACCUGUGCCUGAGGGAGCUGUUUGAGUUCAGAUACAUGCAGACCGAUCCGAACUGGUCCAACUUCUUCUUUGAUCCACAAGCUCACAAGGUGGCGUUGUUGGAUUUCGGAGCGACGCGAGGAUUUGAUAAGAGCUUCACUGACACCUACAUCGAAAUCAUUAAGGCAGCUGCAGAUCAAAACCGAGAGGGUGUCCUGCAGAGAUCCAGAGACAUGAAGUUCCUCACAGGAUACGAGUCAAAGGCGAUGGAGGACGCCCACGUGAACGCCGUGAUGAUCCUCGGCGAGGCCUUCUCCUCCUCCGCGCCCUUCGACUUCGGCGCUCAGAGCACCACCGAGCGCAUCCACAGCCUCAUCCCCGUGAUGCUGCGGGAGCGCCUGGCGCCGCCGCCCGAGGAGACCUACUCCCUCCACAGGAAGAUGGGCGGCUCCUUCCUCAUCUGCUCCAAACUCAAGGCUGAAAUAUCCUGCGAGAGCAUGUUCCGGGAGGCGUACGGCAACUACUGGAGAGACGGACGCUAGCGGCGAGACACGUUCCACCCCGGGGACUUUCCAGUGGUUGGUUGUGGUAUGUCGAACUCUUUGACUCGCACAUUCUCACCUGCGGAGAUAUUAUCCAGGUAACCUGGGCCAGGUAAUGUCGUCCUCUCCGACUCAUCAAGUAAACUGAUGCAUCAACGUCUGCCGGUUUCAUACACGUGUGCUUCCAUAUUCCAUUUCUCAUCUCGAGCAGAAGUUUCCAUCCAGACUAACUAACUCGAACAUUGUGCGUGAAGAUUAUUUGUAUGUAUUAAUUUGAAUUUAAUAGUAAUUCUUUGCUUGUAUGGUUUGAGGCACUUUAUUCCAUCAGACCAGGAUGUUGUCUAAGUUUAAAUAAAUUGACCCUGAUGUUGCAGAGACAAAUCAGCAUUGAAGAUUUGGGUCAGUGACAUGACGUGCA